AUGUUUGAUAAAAUAUUUCACACUUAUAUUCGACGUUGUAUUCUUGUUAAAAAGACAAACAUUUGUCAAUAUUCAAUAUCAUCAUCAUCAUCGUUGAUGAAUAUAAAUCGAUCAAUGAAAAAACUUUUAGAUGAAGAAAAAUAUCAAGAAGCCUUAAAUAUUUUUAAAGCAAAUGAUCGAUCAGUAGUAUCUGAUAUAGCAAUAAAUUUUGCAUUAAAAUCUUGUACUAAAUUAAAAAAUCUUGAACAUGGAAAAAGAAUUCACCAAAAUUUUUCAUCUCAAAUAAUGAACAAUGCAUUUCUAAAUACAUCUUUAAUUCAUUUCUAUAGCUUUAUUACAAAUAAAAAGGUCGAAAAAGUUUUUGAAUUAUACAAUAAAAUGUCUAUUGAAGCAGAUGAUAUUACUUUGAUCAUUCUUUUCAAUGCCUGUGCUCAAUUACCUAAUGAACAUGGAAUUAAUAUAAAGAAUAAAUUUCUUGAUCAAAUGCCAAAACUAUUCACUUAUAAUACCAAUGUACUUAAUUCGUUUUUACAUAUGUUAAUGAAAUUUAAUGAAGUAUCAAUUGCAGAAAAGAUCUUUGUUCAAAUGAAAACGAAAGACAUAUUUACUUAUGGUAUAAUGAUGCAAGGAUUUUUUGAAAAUAAAAUGUUUGAAAAAACAUCAAAUAUAUUUGAAGAAAUGCCUUUUCAUCCAAAUAGAGUUAUUCUUAUUAUUCUUUUUAAAACUUGUAGUCAACUUGUCAAUGAUCGAGCAUUGAAAUUGGCUACUAAAAUCUAUAAUCAAAUGUCAAAAAAAUAUUUUCAAGAUUCAACUCUUCUUACUUCAAUAUUACAUAUGUUUAUGAAAUAUUCUCAUAUAAUGAAUGCAGAAAAAGUUUUUGAACAAAUUCAAAUGAAAAAUCUUAUUCAUUAUGGAGCGAUGAUCAAUGGUUAUAAUAUAAAUAAUCAACCAGAAAAAAGUUUAAACCUUUUUAAAGAAUUAAAAGAGAAAAAUCUCGAAAUUACCGAACCUAUAUUAAUAAUGGUUCUUCAUGCAUGUUCACAAAUUGGUUUAUUAGAUAUAUGUCAAACAAUUUUUAAUCAAAUUCCUUCACAUUUAUUAAAUAAUCAUCGUUUACAAAAUACAUUGAUUGACAUGUGGGGAAAAGUUGGUUUUGUUGAUAAAUCAUUGAAAAUAUUUGAAUCUAUUGAAAAACGUGAUGUUAUGACGUAUACAUCUAUGAUAAAUGCAUUUGGACUUAAUGGAAUGGGUUACGAAGCAAUUGAUUUAUAUAAACGAAUGCCUAUUCAUAUUCAAGAUGAAAUUACACACAUUUGUGUAUUAAAUGCAUGUUCACAUUCAGGUCUUGUUGACCAAGCUUAUUCAAUUUUCAAUAAUAUUCAAGUGAAAACAGAAAAAAUAAUUACUACUAUGGUCGAUUGUUUCAGUCGAAUGUUUAUGUUUAAUGAAGCUCAAGAAUUAAUUGACAAUUUUGAAUUAUCUCAUCCACCAUGUUUAGUCAUGUAUAUGGCUUUAUUAUCAGGUGCACGUAAUCAUCGAAAUUUAAUUUUAUCAAAAAAAAUUUAUCAACGAAUGAAACAACUCUUUCCAGAUAAUCAACAAGCUCUUAUAUCUGCUUCUAUUCUUCUCUCUCAUAUUUAUUCAUCUGUUGGAGAAGAUCAAGAAGCAAAACAAGUUCGACUUAAUCGAUUAGAGGGAAUAGGAAAAAAUCGAAUUAUUGGUACAACAUGGACUGCAUAUAAUGGUGAAAUAGUGAGAUUUAAAGCACAUGAUCGUAGUCAUCCUCAAUCAAGAGAAAUAUAUGCUGAAAUAGGACGUAUUUCUACUGAACUUAUGGAAAGUGAACAUGAAUAUGAUUCAAGAUGGAUUACUCGUGAAAUAAAUGAUGAUGAAAGUAUUGAAUCAAUUUUAUGCGGUCAUAGUGAAAAAUUAGCUUUAGCAUUUAAUUUUAUUCAACAACCAAUACCAGAUAUAAUUCAACUUACAAAUAAUCUUCGUAUAUGUGGUGAUUGCCAUUCAGCAAUAAAAUCAAUUGCUAAACUUCGUCAACGUUCAAUUCUGAUUCGCGAUGCUAAUCGUAUUCAUCAUUUUGAUAAAAAUGGACAAUGUUCUUGUCAAGAUCAUUUUUAA